AAAAAAAAGACGACAGUAUGUACUAGAAGCGAAGCUCGAGAAACGCGAGGGCGUCUCGUUUAGGGAAGCCCCGUCUAUAGUGUGCGUGCGCGAAAUGACGCGGGUCAAACGACUGCUGCGGAGAAGGGGGUGUCACCGGAAAGGAUCAUCGACGCUGCAUACGGUAAAACAAUAAACGCGGGCGGCGGCCCGUUGUGUGUGCUCUUCGAUACAGCGCCCGCGGCCCAGCGCCAGCUCGCACGGACCCGCGCGGGCAGCCGCCGCAGGCCCCGGGAAUCGGGGCCCCUCAUCUCUCGCCUUCCAACCGCGGACGGGCCCCCCGUAAAUCAGGCGCGCAAGCAGCGCCUCGCUGCGCCGCCGUCGGCGCGAUCGCCCCGCGAGGCGGUACGCGCGGGUCCGGCCCACGGCCUGGGCGGUCCCCCCGUAGGCGGGGUCCAAUGGGCCCGCUCGGCCUUCCGGCGCCGCUCACCGCCACCGCUCGCCGGCAGCAGAGCGCACCAUGUUCCCGGCGCGGCAGGAAGUUGGGCCCGCGGCGGCGGCGGCCGCCUUCCAGUACGCGGCGGCCACCUGCUACCCGACCAGCUGCUCGCCGCCCCCGCAGUACGCCGGCUUCGGCCCCGCCGUGCACGGGGGCCUGGUGGACGCCGUCGACUGGACCGGGGGAGGCUACCGCUACGACGACUGGGCCACCCUGCAACAGCAGCAGCAGCAACAGCCCACGGCGCAGGGCCUGUACGGAGGCUACGCGGCGGUGCCCGAACCCCCGACCACGAGCCCGGACUCCGGCCUGGCCCCGUCGGACCUGAGCGGCGGCACGCCCUCGCCGGGACUCGUGCAGCCGCAGCCGGUGUCCAGGCCGGCGCCGGCGCGGUCGCCCUACGAGUGGAUGAUGAAGCCCUCGUACCAGGUGCAGCCGAACCCCGCCGCCCGAUGUGCCCUCAACGGCGUCUGUGUUGCCAUCCCGUUUUCGGGAGUGGACGAAGCGGGCAAAACCCGGACCAAGGACAAGUACCGCGUCGUGUACAGCGACCACCAGCGGCUGGAGCUGGAGAAGGAGUUCCACUACAGUCGGUACAUCACCAUUCGGCGCAAGGCGGAGCUAGCGGCAAUGCUGGGCCUAAGCGAGCGGCAGGUCAAGAUCUGGUUCCAGAACCGGCGCGCCAAGGAUCGCAAGCAGGCCAAGAAACAGGAGGAGAUGCUGCACCGAGAGCUGGUCAAGGCAGAGCCCGUUCCUACCGCCACGCUGCCGCCUUUCUCGGCGGCGGCGGCGCCCACCGACGGCUACUCAUAGUACAUGCACGCCGUGGACACACCCUCCCUCUCUGCCGCGGGCGGCCCUCGCCAGCGUAUAGUUUCGUACGAAGACCGCUAGGGGAGAAAUCUGGCGCUGGUGUACGUGCGGGGCACCGACGUUACAACGAACUAUUCUAGUUCAGUGUACCGACGUCGCGUUUCAUAGCAGCCUGCACGGGGAUUAAUGAUGGGAAUAAGCAGACGGUACGUGGAUUUUCCUCGUCAUUCACCAUAGGCCAUGGAAAGGGAGUUGCUGAGGGAAGAUAACGAUCUCGAAACAAGAAUGAGCACAGACUCGGCGUAGUCGAAAGCAAAUUUGCUGCUAUGCAGACGACAGAGCCCGUGUAUCGGCUGGUGUGUUCAUCACGGCCUUUCGCUUCAGAUAGUAAGUUCAACUCGGUAGGAUGAAAAGCCAAAAUUAGUAGGUGCGUAGUUUCAUUGUGCAUGCAAGCAUUCUGAGGCUGAUUUAGCGCGCACUCUCGGUGAAGCCAAGCCAAAAGAAAGAAAAUUGAUGCGCCUGCCUACGGUUACCAUAACGAGUGAACGACUGCAUGACCAGACUGCUUUCAAGUAAUCUUUGUACGGAACUAUACGUUUCUCCACGGACGCGCAGGCCAACGGGGCUCAUCGUGCAAUGGACAAUGCGUGCGCCUUCGAGAUGGCGCCGUGGUGGAGAACAGGACUCUUAUUCUGUGCAUGGACACGUGGUGCCACGGACUACGAAUUACAGCGUGUUUAUACGGACCACUUUAUGGGCACGCGAUGACUUGUGUGGCGACCUCUGAGCACUGUUCUUUGCAUGGGGCAGCGGACAGCCGACAGUGCGCGAACGUGCGCCUCACGACGAGGCAGUGCUGUGCGCAGUUCCAUCGGGUAAUAACGUUUUUGUUUUCAGUGUUUGUGAAACUAAAUGCAGUUUGCGCUCAUUA